AUGUUUAGACAGAGUGCCUCAUCAGGUUUGCUUAUGCUCUCUCCAGAGUCACGCAAAUCAAGCCCAAGUCAUCCCAAUGAUGAUUAUUCCUGGAUCCCACCACCUCUUUUCUCCCCAAGAGUUGUGGAGCAACCAGCUGAUGUGGCAAGCCCACCUCCAGAACAACCGGGAGACGGGCCUUGGCCAGUAUGGCCACCCCGUCCCGAUCCGGACACUAUUUCCAAAAAUAGGAGCGGUCCUUCCCGGAAUCUCGAUGCCGGCCGAGUUGACCUUGAUCAUGCUGACCGCGACAGGCUCAACGAACGACCACCGCACAAGAAACAGAAGAUCGUCUCUUCAGGUACCGAACUCGACGAUGAACGACGAUCUUCCACAUCAACUCCUCUUGGCAAAGUUCCCUCCGGCAAAGUCCCCACAACUCAACGUGAAGCUACUUCCCAGCUAGCACAUGUGCUGAACUCGGUGUUCGCAGAAACAGCACCCUCUCCCAAAUGGAACGCUACCCCCGACCCCGGCGUCGACAGUACAUUCCCUGGACAUCCCCGCUCCUUUCACUCGCGCGACAGAGGCGAUCGAGUCCCCUCUCGCCAUCUGCGACCAUCUCUCCCGACUUCACAGUCAAGUGUAUCGGCCAGUGGGUCGGGCGCGUCAUCCCACCAGUGGUCCGUUGCACGAUACGCUGCUCCCGAGCCCGAACCUGUCGUCACCGCCCCCUUCCCACAAGUCGUUCCAAUACGCGAAUCAGAAAACCCUUUCUAUUCAGGCGUCCCGCACCCCAUUGAGGAGAACACUUUCACUUUGGACUAUAUUCCCGAGGGUCCUUCCACCUCAGCCAUCGAAGAGGGCCCUUUCGUCACUCCCUUCCGCUACAUCCAACGAGAUUUGUUGCGCGAGAGACAACCAGAUGUCGACCCACAUUUCCCCAUCAUCCCCGAAUCGAUACUUGCCACUGCAUCGAGUUCAGCAAGCGUCCAUGAAAGCGAUGGAGGCGACUACGUUCCUCACAGACGUCUGGCUCUCGGCCCUCGCUCUCCCUUAUCUAGCCUCACCACCCCAAGGGCAUCGAGACAUUUGAGACCUGGUCCUGAAGAAGAGCCACCAUACGAAGCCGAUAUCGACGAACUCGAAAUAUGGGCCCAGGCUGACGUAGCCACCGCAUCUUUCGUGAAGCUCAAGGAGGGAGAGGUCGAGACCCUGGAAAGAGCGGCCAGGAUGAACCUCCGGUUUUUGCAGAGAGUGGUGGAUGCAGUGAUGGGAAAUCCAGUUCCACAAGGAAAACCCAUCCAACGGACAGUCGCUGUUCCCUCCAUUUCUCGCUUUGAACGCAGUGAUCGACUUAUCGACGAAAUCUUUGGGCCCAGCGAGAAGACACGGGGAUAUACUCGACCAAGACCACCUGCUCCUCAAAAGAUCCCCAAGACCAAUGCUUCAUUGACGCCUAUUGAAGUUCCAACACCAAAUGCGGAAGAACGUGACAAUCCCUUCGAUGACAACUCACACGCUGGCCCGAGCUCCUCUUCUGCCCUCCCUGCCCACGACGACUUGGAAUAUCUUUUCUCCGCCCCGGACGAUGCCGGAGAGGAUCAAGUUGAUCAAGCUCGAGACAUGUUGACAUCUGACGACGAGUUACUGCUACCCGCCUCUCCUGCCAAGAAUCAGCAGCAUUCCGUCUUCUUCCCCUCCUCUAUUCCGCUUACCACUUUCUCGCGUCCUCUUAUAUACACCCCCUCUCCUCCACAUCAUAGACCUCUCGACGCAGAACCAUUACCCCCCAUAUACACAGAAGGUCCAGAACCCCCACCAGAGCCACUUUCACCAGAAUUACCGCUGGUUUAUUCGCCAUCUCCGUCCUGUUCUCCUCCACCCAACCAUAUUCAAGACACGGACGUUCAAGAAACCGAGAAUGUCCGGCAGUCACCAGAGGUUGAGUAUGAACUCAUCGGCCCCAUGGCCCUCCAGCUUCAGAACGCCCGCACACUUUCGCCUGCUAUCGAGAGCACUUCCCCUCCUGCCACUCAUUCUCGCGAACGUACCCCAGACUCCUCAGCCCUCCAAAUUCCAGAAGAAGUUGGAUUCUUACCUGAAGAUCUGUCUAGCGACGUUGUCGAUCCUCAAAGAGAUAGCGUCUAUGUGGUCGAAAAUUCAGUUGGCCCCCCUCCUACCUCAUUUCUUCCCGUUGACGUGGAUAUCGACGAGGUGCUUCCUAAGGCCGUCUCAGAGCUCACUCCUCCCGAAAGUCCUGCGGACGGAGCUGCUACCGAAGUCACAUCUGAAGGUCUCUUUACUCCUCCGCCUGAGGAGCACAUUGACGGACUAAGUACGACUGUAAAAGAAGGCUCCGGUUCUCGAGAACAAUCUGUCGUUCCUACCGCUUCUCCAGACCACCUGACAGCACCAACAGCUGCGGAAGAACCUUCUGUCGAACUCGUCGUUGAACCCAACAUCGAGGAGGGAGAAGAUACCUCUAGUCCUAUUCCGAAUAUCUUGGAUGAUGUUCUCACUCCAGGUAACUCCGAUCUUCAUGUCCAGUCCUUAGACCACCAGCCCGUCGAAAUUGAACCUCAAGACCCAUCUCUUCCUCUGGAGACUACCGCUGCCGAAACCGACUCACCAAGAAGAACCCCUCCCUCUCGAACCUGCCCCUGUCGAUGCCCGCCCUCCUUCCGUUCCUGCUAUCGAAACUCUGGCCCUGCCCAAUCCCGAUCCCGAUCUAGUCCCAUCAACGUCCUCUUCCACCCCUAA